AUGACAAAAAUAAGUUUAAAAGCAACAACUUUGGAUGCUCUUCGAAAUUCUAAAAAUACUGUGUUUAGUAUGUUUUUGGAACCAAUUUAUAAAGCGCUUCACACACUACAAGACUUGACUUAUGAGAGAUCUGCAUUACCAUAUUCUCCUCACGAGCAAAUGCUUCAUUUACCACCAUACAUCCAUACCCAUCACGAAAUCCCAUUUUCUUUCUCCACUUCACCAAUAUUAAGCAGCCUAAAAGAGCAUUUCAUAUAUUACCAAACAUGGCAACUACCAAUCACCAUUACAAAAAAAAAACGAAAUGUUGACAUAUUCUUUAUCCAUGGUCUGAAUGAUUAUGGAGGUAGAUUUUCUGAAUUUAGUAAACAAAUCUUGGAAAAAGGAUUUCGAGUGAUAUCAAUUGAUUUGCCGAAUUUUGGAAGAUCAAGUGGACUACAUUCGUAUAUAGAAGGUUGGCAAUCAUUGGUUGAGGCAAUUUAUUUGGUUAUUAAUCAUGUUCAAGGACAAAACUUGACAGAGAAUGUUGAUGAGGAGGAAGAAGUAGUAAAAUUGAGAAGAAAUCGUAAAAUUAUUUUGGUAGGUGGGUCACUUGGUGGAAUGAUUAUUUUUUGUUAUGCUAUAAGAUAUCCAGAAACAUUUGAUUCAUUUGUGAUAAUGGCUCCUUUAAUUCAUGUGCAUGGUCAAAGUAGGCCUACUCAUCAUGGUAAAAGUAGUAGUGAUCCAUUACAUGAUUUUAUCCACAAACUUAUCAUGGAAAUUUAUGAUGUGCAACAGGUUUGUCAUUAUUGUCAGGUACUGAAUGGUUACAAUCAAAUCUUGAAGAGAUACAUAAACCAUUUUUUAACAUUACAUGGAACAAACGAUCGUGUUUGUCAUAUGAGAGGAUCAAAAGAAUUGAUUUCACAAUCUCAAACUCCUGAAGAUCAAAAAUUCAUAAUCUUGUAUGCUAUGUUGCGAGAUCUUGGUAGCAGUAAGAAAGUUAUGAGAGAUAUGAUUGAUUGGUUUGUAAAAAGAGAUGUUGGUUAG